CCUACGCAAACCACGUUUACUGUGGACGGUUCAUUGCCUUCGUUAAGCAACAGCGAUAGUACAGGAACAACAGCAACGAGCUCAACAACGCUACACGAUAAUAGCAACGACAAGUAUCUUAUCGUACGAUUCUCUUAUUGUUCCAUGCAGCAACAACAACCGGAAAACUUGACACGCCAUUUUCCAAAACUCUGCGCGAUUCAUUCUGCUGUAUCCCAGAGAGAAGUUUCAUUGGUUUUUCGGCUUAUUCGUCGAGCAACAGCUUUGUCGGCGUACGUUUGGAUGACGAUACCGGUGACGGGAGUAGUAGUAGUAGCAGCAUGCAACACUCGAAAACGGUUGGAGUACUAUGCGUGAUGGACCCAAAACCAAUGGAUACGAAAUCGAUGCAAAAUGCACACACAUUACUCAAGGCCGCUCAACCAAGACUGGCUCGAGAGUUAGGGCGUACGAUACACGAGGAAAAACUGACACGAGCUAAGAACGCGGCCAAAAUGGACGCAGAGAAUAAAAUCAAAUUUUUGGCAGACAUGAGCCAUGAAAUAAGAACCCCGAUGAAUGCGGUUAUAGCGUUGACAGAUCUUCUACUACGAGAGCGAGCAUCGCUCAAUUCAGAACAAACAGAGCAUUUGGAGGUUAUCCAAACAAGUGGCCAUCACUUGUUAACGGUUAUCAAUGACAUCUUGGAUAUUUCUAAAAUAAACCACGACCCUAAGUUCAAACUGGAGCACCGACGCUUUAGUCUACGUAAAUGCAUGAAAGAUGCUCUGAACAUGGCAAGACAUCAAGCAUCCAUGUCCCAGCCUGGCAAGAUUGUGUACGUGAGCGAGUAUCCUGCAGAGAUAAAUGAUCGUAUGCCUGUGCGCCAAAUGAUUUACGAACUGGAAAAGACCAACUUCAUACCACCUCAAAGACCCCAUCACUCGGAGAAAACGCGGUUACCACUGCUUUGGAAAAUUGAUUCUGAUGUGCCGGACAUCCUUAUGGGUGAUACGAUGCGACUAACUCAGAUCAUGUUAAACUUGUGCUCAAAUGCAGUUAAGUUUACAAAGGACGGAGGAGUUCGUGUCAGGAUCAAGCGGUGCAUGCCCACUCCUGCGCGUACGUUUGAACACCAAGAACAUCCCUCAACCCAAACAUCCUUAAAGAGACGCUAUGACGCUAAGAUUGAAACCAUGUGGAGUCGUGCUAUGCGGAGGACAACAAGUAAUGACGGAGGUAGCGGGCCAGACAACAACAACAGCGCCGAGUCAGCAACAGGAUACAACAGCGAUGAUGAAAAUGAUGACGACGGCCGUCCUUUGGAGAAAGCCAUACUCGAGAUAUCAGUCAGUGAUAGUGGCAUCGGAAUACCUGCUGACCGAUUACCCAGACUGUUCAAGUCAUUUUCACAGAUUGAUAUAUCCACAGCACGACGCUAUGGUGGUACCGGACUCGGACUAGCAAUUUCCAGCACCUUGGUUAAUCAUAUGGGCGGAUGUCUAUGGGUGGAGUCAGAACAAGAGGUAGGAUCUUGCUUUGCUUUGACAUUACCCAUGUCCAUUGCACGAAACCAUUCUGGCGGCACCGGUGCUGGUAGUGUAGCGGAUGAUGCGACAGGUUUAGAAAGUGCUAGUACGAGCAGUAUACUGGCGUCUCCAGAUUCUCCAGGCCUUAGCGACGCCGAAUGCAACAUCAGCAUCAACUCGGCUCUGGAAGGAGAUUGUGCUAGCAUUUCGUCAGACAUAGCUAAUGGCGCUGCUAUUCCUCUUACUACUGCUGCUGUGAGCAACCAUGCUUCUACAACAUCUGCUGCUUCACCUUCACUCAUUUCUUCGGCUCACUUAGGAGGAGAUACUCCUUACGAAACAACAGCAACAACAACGGAACAACUACCUCAAUGGAGCACAUUUACGCCACCCCUCAGAUCACCUGCAACGGAAUAUUCACAAUUUCUACCCCCUUCUUCUCAAGCACAGAACAACCCCGUUAUGUCUAUUGGAGCGCGGAUUAUACCCGGGCCCCCUUCGUCACCUGAUAUACCGAUGGAUAUAUCCUCCUGUAAUGGUGAUACACCUGCUACGAGCACUUCUGAUGAAUCAAAUCAGAAACCACCGGGUAUCAGUCGACACCAUUCAUUACCUCAUCAUCAUCAUCAUCCACCGCAUCCGCAUUCUCUCAUUUCUAAUAACUCAUUCUCAUCCGUCAAAGGCGAAAGCAACAAUAGCGUCAACGACGACAACAACAGCAGCAGCAGCAGCAACAAUAAUGCUCGAAAUGCUCGACAUUCUGGCACCAAGCAACCGUAUCACCAUCAUUACCAUCAACACAAAAAGUCCUCAGGCGAUGGCAGCGAAGAGAACAUUGCCAUGUUGUACCCUAUCAAAAUUAUGCUCGCUGAAGACAAUGUCUUAAACCAGAAGAUUGCAAUAAGCAUUCUCAAGCGAUUAGGCUACCAUGAUGUCAUGGUGGCAAACAAUGGCUGCGAAGUGCUGGAGCUUAUGCGAAAAGUUAAAUUUGAUGUUAUUUUUAUGGAUUUGUACAUGCCAGAUAUGGACGGUUUGGAAGCUACACGAGCCAUUGUAGCAGAACGGGAAUCAUUACCCGGCGGGUCCGCUUCCUCUACUUCUUCCUCUUCUUCUACUAACAAUACUGCUUUCACCUCUUGUCCACCAAACAACAACAACAACAACCAUAAUAGCAGCCGGCCGCUGUUGAAUGUGGCAGACGUCUAUAUCAUUGCCUUGACUGCCUCGGCUUCAAGACAAGACAGGCAAAUCUGUAUCGAUGCGGGUAUGAACGACUUCAUCAGUAAACCGUUCACGAUGAUGGAGAUGAAGGCAUCCUUGAAAAACUGUGUGAGCAAGCGAAAAAGAAGAAGAAAGCAACAGCUUGAAGAAGACCAUCAUCAUCAUCACCACCACAAUCACCAACAACACGAUCGAUCCUUUCCCAAAGAUGACCCAAUGACCGGCGUAGAACAUACCUCAACACCUAGUACUACUACCACAACAACAACUACGAUGAUAACGCCACCAGCAUCAGCGACUAUCAAAAUCAACAAUGAGAUGGUCAGCGGUGCAGUCCGCCCUCCCGGAAGAAGUAGUAGGAAGAAUACUGAUAGUGGCAAUGGCGAUCAUACCCCUACUGCUUCUGGACGUGGAAGUGUAGUAUCAUCAAAAGCAGCAGUCUAAAAAGGGUCAAUGGUUAAGUUGUUUUCGUUUAUCUCUCUUAUUUCAUAUUACUCUCCACCGUCUUCUUCAUUAUACACAACAUACCUAUCACACCAUCUGUUUACAGCUGGAAAGGCACCCACAGAAAACAACAUUUAUCGAACCCCAACUAUUACUUUUCUACCAUAUCUCAUCAUAUAUUCCGC